UCAGUGUUGCCAGCAGACCUGUGCGAAACAAAAGCACUUCUCUCCCCACGUUUAACGCCUUCAAAGCACGUCUUAAAGCUGUUUCAGUCGUAAAGCUGUCAAAGGAAACAAGGAGUUACGCGGCAGAGUCGCAGAUUACGCAGGAUUACAGCAGCCCUCAGACAAAGUUGGGGCUCUGUUGUCUUGGCUUUGGUGGCAAGAGCAGGAGUGGCUUGAUCCUAAAGCAGCUCUCCAGAUCAGAUUUCACCCAAACCAGCUGUGAGAAGGAGCUUUGCCUUUUCUCCCCUCUCUCCCUCUCUCCAUGUUGUAAGCGCGCUCCUGACAUCCAGAAAGAAAAGGGGGAGUGACGGAGAGAGUUCCUGAAGGAAUUUUCCUUCUCCUAGGCGAGAAUUGAAAAAGUCACCAGAGUCUAGAGAACAGCGGCGAGGAUGGAUGAUCAGCCCCGGUUGAUGCACUCCUCUCACGGGGUGGGCAUGGCCGGACACCCCGGCCUGGCGCAGCAUAUGCAGGAUGGCACGGGAGGAGCGGACGGCGACGGAAGAAAACAGGACAUUGGAGACAUAUUACAACAAAUCAUGACCAUAACCGACCAAAGUCUGGACGAGGCACAAGCCAGGAAACAUGCACUGAAUUGUCACAGAAUGAAGCCGGCUCUGUUCAACGUCCUGUGCGAAAUAAAAGAAAAAACAGUCCUCAGUAUCCGUGGCGCUCAGGAGGAGGAGCCACCGGACGCUCAACUCAUGCGAUUGGACAACAUGCUGCUAGCGGAGGGUGUGUCCGGACCGGAGAAAGGGGGCGGUUCGGCCGCGGCUGCGGCUGCGGCUGCUGCGGCAGGCGGCGGUGGGUCCGAUAACUCGGCCGAACACUCGGAUUACCGGGCCAAGCUGUCCCAGAUCCGUCAGAUCUACCAUACAGAGCUUGAGAAGUAUGAGCAGGCGUGUAAUGAGUUCACCACCCAUGUGAUGAACCUGCUGAGGGAGCAGUCUCGCACUCGGCCCAUCUCCCCUAAAGAGAUCGAGCGCAUGGUGGGCAUCAUCCAUCGCAAGUUCAGCUCCAUCCAGAUGCAGCUCAAACAGAGCACCUGCGAGGCGGUCAUGAUCCUGCGCUCCCGCUUCCUAGAUGCCAGACGAAAAAGAAGAAACUUCAAUAAGCAGGCCACAGAGAUCCUGAAUGAAUACUUCUACUCCCACCUCAGCAACCCGUACCCCAGCGAGGAGGCCAAGGAGGAGCUGGCCAAGAAAUGCUCCAUUACAGUCUCACAGGUAUCCAACUGGUUUGGAAACAAGAGGAUCAGAUACAAGAAAAAUAUUGGAAAAUUCCAAGAAGAAGCCAACAUGUACGCCGCCAAAACCGCCGCAAGCGCAACCAACGUCUCCACCCAUGGCAGCCAAGCCAACUCGCCUUCCACACCAAAUUCAGCCGGUUCUGCUGGCUCUUUUAACAUGAACUCCGGGGACUUGUUCAUGAGUGUGCAGUCUCUGAACGGGGACUCAUACCAGGGGGCCCAAGUGGGGGCCAACAUUCAGUCACAGGUGGAUACUCUUCGCCAUGUUAUCAGUCAGACAGGCGGAUACAGUGAAAGCCUCGCUGCCAGUCAGAUAUACAGUCCACAGGGCAUCAAUGCAAACGGUGGCUGGCAAGAUGCCCCGACACCCUCCUCAGUGACCUCACCCACAGAAGGACCCGGGAGCGUCCAUUCUGACACCUCCAACUGAUCUGCAGCCAUCCGUCCUCACAAAGCGUGGAAUCUUCAGACUAAAGAUCCAGCGAUCCGCCCCCUCCUCAGAUUUGGAUUAACAUCCUUACAUGGUCAUACACAAUCAUGCCAUCCUACCGUGGAACAUUUGGGAUACUUUACGAGAUUUUAGAAAACAAUUAUGAAUUUAAAAAUUACAAAAAAAAAAAAAAAAAAAAGAUGUGUUUGUACAGUUUUCACAGUGUAUUUUAGGUGGCACAGGGCGACUAACGAAAACCUGUGACUGUUUCAGUCUUAUGAGGCAAUUGUUAAUGAUGGAACAACCAGUUGUUGUGUUUCGAUUUAAAUGCUUCAUUCUACCUCUCAGCAAAAAGAAAAAAAACAUUUUUUUCUAAAAAAUAAAAAAUAAAAAAAAUUAAAAAUGUUACCACUCGAUAUAAUGCUUGAGAGGAAGCUCUCCUAAUCGGUACGGUCAAUUAUUAUUGCCUCUUUUGUUCGUUCAUAGUGAUAUAUUUACUAUUUGUUUGUUUACUGUUUCUUCUUUAUAUCAUUUUUCAAAAGACCCUCCAAUAUCAACUAUGUCCUUUUCCCGAUAAAACUGUUUUUUUGGUUUUUUAAACUAGGAUGUGUUGAGGUCAAUCAUGCACCAUUUCAAAGCUGAUUAUCCUAUUUUCCCCAUCAAAAGCUGUCCGUUAGAUAAAGGAACAUGCACGCGUUUAUCGCAGAGAGCAGUCCAAACAACUCUGUUGUCGUAGAUUUCAUUUGGAGUCAUUUCCUCACUCUGUUUGUUUUUGAGGACACUGUCUGCGAGUCGAUGAAAAUAUAACUGAUUCCGGAAAUGGCGGAAGCAUCGAGUCAUUACGGUCUGUAAUGAUAUUUCCUCCCAGCUUUCACUUCAGAUCGCUUUCAAACGCUCCCUUAUUCCCUUUCUCCCUUAAGUGAAGGAAUUUGACAUAAAGAGCAAUAUAUUUGUUUGGUUUAGGCAGACGGAUGCCCUUUACUACCCCGAAUCCUUAAAAACAAGCACUAAUGCUCUUUAUUGUUUUAAAUCGAAUUAGUUUUAGUUUAGUCCCUUGCACUUCUAAUUAUCUUAUGUUCACCCGUGAAAACCUUGAGAGUGUUAGCGAAAGGCCUUUCUUAACAAAUGCGAACCUGACUUCUCUUUUUUUCCUGUAAUUUGAAGUAUGAGCCAGCUGUGAGUGUACAGUAUUAGAAGCAAGCAAUGUACUUUUAACAUUACAGCCAAGUGUUGGCGGUAACCAAAAUCCUUCGUGGAAACGCUGUAAAAUAAUAGGAAAUAUCGUGCUCAUAACUGUUCAAACAUAAUUAGCUUUUUCCCUCAGUUUUCGGUAGCAUUUGCAAGGACGUACAACGCAGACAAUGCUCGUGUCUUGUUUCUUUCGGUAUUGCUGAUGCCGCUGUUUCCAUUGUGGAAGCUAAUUGAAAAAAAUUAUCUCGAAAAAUCCAAUAGUUAACUAAUUUUUGUUGAAAAUAUAUCCCUGUCUGUCAGGGCUCCGGGUAAUGAAGUUUGUUUUGCAGUACAUUGAAUCAGAAUCCAUUUAAAUGGGGAAGUCAUUAAGUUAAUAAGAUUUGGACAUUUCGACGGUCACUCUUAGCUGUGUUUAUGCAGGUAAAGCGCUAUACAAGCGCUUAAUCUUUAUGGACCCUUUGCCCCGAACCCAGAAAUCCAGUUCAACGGCUUUCAAACACUGACUUGGGAUGGAGCCAGUCGAUCGCUAAUACGACCUCAGUGUCUGAUAUCAUAUUAUCCCCUAUUAAUCUGUGCUCUCUGACACAUGUUCUACCAAAAAACAUCUUUUUGAACAAUUGCCAAAAAGGAAGACGCUCCGCCUCUUUAAUGGAUUUUGGGGGGAAAUGUUUGGGAAUGUUCAUCGCUAUUCACUAUCAAAAACCAAAAAUGUAAAAACUGAAAGUAGCUUAUGUAUGUAUAAGAAACAGAAAUAUGUGACAGAUGUUUCAUUGCCUUUGCCUUCAAUAAUGGCUUUGAAGAUUCUUUUUCUCUCGUUAUUCAGUGUUUCUUGCUUUUUGCUUUCGUUUAGCUCAAGACAUUCUGAAACGCCAUGUUAUUAUUAUUUUUUUGUAAUGGUUUGAGGAUGAUCAUGCUAAUCCAUAUGAAAAUACAAACAUGCGUCAUCUGUUAUUUGAAUGACACAAAAGAACACACUCUAGUUUGCUGAUGGUUGCCAUUGUGAAAAUGUAUAUAUAUUUUGUGAAAUAGACUUGACCGCACCUGCUAUAAAUGCAUUAUUAGAUUUCACGAUUAUGUACCAUAUGAAGCAUUGAAGUCCAGACUAUUGUGUUUGGGUUUCCCCCACAAUUCCCACAAACUUUGUCUCUAAAUUGACAUGAUUAUCAUCAAUAAAUGUUGUAUUGCUCACUGAACAGUA